AUGGACGAUGAGCAAAAGGACAGCGUGGAGCAAGAUGCGCACCGUUUUUCGGCCGGUGACGGGGUUCUAGAGACCAACGCUAUGGAGACAGUGAAGCUGCACGCCAAAGCCGCGACGGACAAGGAACAGAAAAUGACGCUGUGGCAAGGCAUCAAGCUGUACCCAAAAGCUAUCGCAUGGUCGCUGUUGAUAUCUACCUGUAUUGCGAUGGAAGGUUACGACGUUUGCCUGAUCAACAAUUUCUACGCCUUCCCACCCUUCAACCGCAAGUAUGGCGUCUGGAGCGAAGCAACUCAGUCUUACCAGGUCCCUGCUCGGUGGCAAGCAGGCCUUAGCAAUGGCGCCAAUGUAGGGGAGAUCAUUGGCUUGCUCAUUAACGGCUGGGUCUCCGAGCGGUUCGGCUACCGUUACACAGUCAUUGCAUGCUUACUUUGCAUUACUGCAUUCACGGCCAUCUUCUUUACAGCCCAGAACGUGCAGGCCUUGCUGGCCGCCGAGAUACUCUGCGGUGUCCCAUGGGGCGUCUUUCAGACGCUUACCAUUACGUAUGCGUCCGAAGUCUGCCCAGUGGCUCUCCGCGGCUAUCUGACGACGUAUGUCAACUUCUGCUGGGGUCUCGGUCAGCUCAUCGGCAUUGGUGUUAUCAAGGCAAUGUUCAGGCGGACAGAUGAGUGGGCGUAUCGGAUCCCCUACGCGCUGCAGUGGAUGUGGCCGCCAUUCCUGCUCGUUGGCAUUGCGCUAGCCCCAGAGUCGCCGUGGUGGCUCGUCCGCAAAGGCCGACUGGAAGACGCCAAGAAAGCCCUCCUUCGCCUUACAAGCUUGGACCGGGAAACCGACUUCGACGACGACGAGACCAUCGCAAUGAUGGUGCAUACCACCGCACUCGAAGACAAGCUCACCAAAGGCGCAUCAUACCUUGACUGUUUCCGUGGAAUCGACAGACGCCGAACCGAAAUCGUGUGCAUGGUCUGGGCCAUUCAGAACCUCAGCGGCAACGCCUUCUCCAACUACAGCACCUACUUCCUCGAACAGGCCGGCGUCAGCUCGUCCAACAGCUAUAGCUUCGCCAUGGGCCAGUACGCGAUCAACAUGGUCGGCGUCUUCGGCGCCUGGGCGCUGAUGUCUGCCGGCAUAGGUCGCCGGAGUCUCUACCUCUACGGGCUUUGCGCCUUGUCCACGCUCCUCUUCGUCAUUGGGUUCCUCGGUCUAGUUCCUGCCUCGCAUAAAGCACAAGCAGGACUUGCGACGGGCAGUCUGAUGAUAGUUUGGGCGCUUUGCUAUCAGCUCACGGUCGGCACGGUGUGCUACUCGCUCGUCGCCGAACUCUCGACGCGGAGACUGCAGAUCAAAACGGUCGUUCUCGGCCGAAAUCUCUACAAUAUCGUUGGCAUCAUCACGUCGGUCUUGACGCCGUACAUGCUGAAUCCAACAGCCUGGAAUUGGGGGAACUACACCGGAUUCUUCUGGGCCGGACUAGCCUUUUGCUGUAUCGUAUACACUUACUUCCGAGUACCGGAGCCACGGGGUAGGUCUUUCGCGGAGCUGGACCUGUUGUUUGAGCGCAAGGUUAAUGCGCGGAAGUUUGCAGAAACAAGGGUGGAUGUGUUCGAGGAGAGUGUGGAUGACAGUAUUGUGGGACAGUAUAAGCGCGAGGUGCUUGCGCAGCACUCGGAGUAG